AGCUAUAAUGACAAUGUCGCAUUUAAAGCGGUCAAUAACUGUAUCCUUCCUUUUACUACGGCCGCUGCACAAAUAAUAAGUUUUCUUUGUGUGGCAGUAGUGAGCUGACGUCAGGUCGGUUCCUUGAAGUGGAGCUGAAUAAACCUUGAGAAGAGUCUCCUUCAAUCUGCUGUUAGUAACUAACACACACACUCACACACACCGAGACUCAAUUACUGCCCAAUUCCCUUCUUUAUCACUCGUCCCCGACCUUCUUUCAUAACCAAAACCGACCAAGGAAAAAAAGAGGCGAGAAGAAGACCAAGCCGAAGUGUUUAGUUGAACUAAAAACCCACGUUGGAAAUAAGUAAAGUGUCGAAACUAAAAAAAGGUGUUACAGCAGUUAUGUCAAAGAGCUGAAGAUAUCUCUAACAGGUGACAGCCGGAGUGAAGGAGCACAGAGUGUGACAGCCAUUCAUGCAACAAAAUGUGGCAGAGAGAUAUGGAGUCUGGAGAGCGGCUGGCCUCCCCUGCGCCCACCCUGUCUGCUGCUCGCACCUCCUCCCCUGCUGCCUCUUCCUCCUCCUCCUCCUCCUCCUCUUCCUCUUCAUCAUCCCCUGCUCCCCACUCCAAGAGCAGCCUGGCCCCGAGCCCCUCAGCACUGGGAUCCACCCUCAGCACCUCUGGCCGUCUGUUUGGAGCAGCAGGAGAGCAGCCCUUCAUUAGCUCCACAUUGUCAAGUGCCUUCCCUCUGGUCAACCACCCAGCCUUCGGAGCCAUCUAUACUGCCGGGGCAGGCAGGCCUGAGUUUGGAGGCCUGGGUUCCCUGGGCAUGUCAGCGGCUCUGGCUGCUCACCCCCAGCUAGGAGCUCUCUCUGAGUGGUGGCGAGCUGCUGAAGCCCACGGACGGGGAGCUGCUGCCUUUCUCCCCUCUUUCAUCAGCUUCCCUCCAUUCUUCGCCCCUCACAUUCAGCCCAACCACAGCGCCAGUCCUGUUCAGAUCAGGAUGCCCAGCAAGAAUAGCCAUGCCCUACCUAAAGGGGUGAAUGGAGCAGUGAAUGGCAGCGGCGUCUGUCCUCCCACCACACAAUCAGAGAGCUUUUCUGUGAGUCCCGCUCUUGUUCAGGCAUCGACAAAGCCAACCAAAAAUGCAGACCCCUCAAACAGUCACCGUAGCAGCCCUCAGAACAAUCCAGCAGAGUUGGUGGAAAAGCCGAUCCAGAAAACUAAAGAGAAGAAGCCACGAAAGAAGCCAGCAGACACUUGUGUGGCGAGCAACAGCGAAUCAGGCACAUCCUCAGACAGCUCAAGUGACGGGUCCCUCAGCAGCGAUCUGGAAGACCUUGCAGAGGAUGAUGAAGACGAUGAUGAUGACGAUGAGGAUGACGAGGAAGAGGACAAACAGAGUGAAUUAUCAGACUCUGAGAAGCGGACAAAGAAGAAAACAAAGGUUUUGAUACCCAGCACUGGAACUGCAAAGACAGACAGACCACUCUCUGGGGAACCCCAGGGCAAGAAGGUCCCAUCCAACCCCCCAACCCUUGUACCUCUACCCUGCUCUGUCUCCCCUCCUGCUUUGUCCCAAACCUCCCCGCCGGCCUUGCACAGCUCCAGGCCUCGGUCAGAGGGGCCACAGCAACACUUCAGUGUGAUCCAGUCCACUGGCCUGGCUGCCAACUCAAAGCCCCUGGCACUCCUCACUCAGUCCCGUAGGGAGACUUCACCUUCUUCCUCCCCCAUAGCCCUCACCACAUCCCCAAAGGCACUCUCUAGCACUGCCUCUCCCAAACCUCCCAACUUGCUGCCCUCCUCCUCCCCCCAGCACCUGCCCCUCUCCCUCUGCUCUUCCCCUAAGCCUCUCUCCGUCCCCUCUCCACCCCGUUCAACCCUUCCGCCGUCUACCUCCCCAAAACCUUUUGGUUUGGCCUCAUCUGUAACAAGCUCCCAGAGGUCCUUGCUGAAGCCACCUCGGCACAGUGUUCCUGGCUCUGCCAAAUCCAACAAAAGGAAACAGCUGGAAGCUUCACUUGCGCAGAUCAAUGAGUUCAGGCUCAAACAGACUCUCAUGUCCCAAGGGCAGACGUUCCCAGCUGAGCUAAAGAAGCGGCAGCAGGGGCCAAACAAGUCUCACAAGAGGACGUCUCUAUCUUCAUCGCCAUUGCCACCCGUUCCGCCUCCUCCACCCCAGAACAAUCACUCCAACCUCUUCCUCUCGAGUGCCCUGCUGGGUCUCCCUGAACCCCACCACCCCAAUGGAGUCAUCCAAAGCACCACUCAGGACGCACCUUUGGCCCUCAUCACCAAACCUCGCAAAGACUCUGCCUCUCAAGGCAAGUCCCCUCAGUGCGACUCUGAUGCUGGGUCGAUGCCUGUCAAUCUGAGCACAGGGGCAAGCAGGACCCAAGCAACCGCCCAGGCCGGUGCUCCAUCGCAGCCCCGCACUACCUCACCCCAUGCCACAGGCCAUGGAUCCAGAAAGAACAAGACCCCCAAGGGUAAGGGACAGACACCAGGGUUGGUACAGGGACAGGGACAAGCAGACCCUUUAGCUGCCUGGAAGGGCUUCUCUCAGAACCACCUGGUACAGUCACUAGUAGAUUUGUUUCGUGCAGGAGAGUCCGGGAUUGGCAUUCCUGGAGUAAGUAUCCCUGGAGUAGGAAUUCCUGGAGUGGGGAUCCCUGGGACCUGUAACCCCACAGCUGGUCUCCCUGCUAACAAGGAAUCUGACGACUCCGGAGAUGAUGAUGAUGAUGAGGAUGACGACCUUGAGGAGGAGGAGGAGGAGGAUGAAGAGGACUCAGAUGAUAGUCUGUCAGAGUCUGACAGCAACUCAGACAGUGACAUCUCUGGGAAGAAAGUGAAGGAGUUAAAGCUGCUGCCGUCUGGAUCAUCUAAGAAGGAGAUGACUCCCCGCAGGCUAACCAAAGGCCCAGAACUACUGAACACCUCAACCAAUCACACCGCCACCAGCUGCUCCCCUCUCAACCUACAGGUCAUCAAGACCCCCACCAUUGUCACCAGCUCCAGUGCCUUGGCCUAUCACAGCUCUCCAGGCUCUUCCUCUUACAGCCUAGCCUCUCCAUUAGGCUUAGGGAAGAGGAAGAGGGUGAUGGAUGAGAAGGAGUUGAUGAUACCUCUGGAGUUGGGGUGGCGGAGAGAAACAAGAAUCAAAUCAGUGGCUGGGCGGCCGCAGGGCGAGGUGGCCUACUACGCCCCGUGUGGCAAGAAACUAAGGCAGUACCCAGAUGUGAUGAAGUAUCUAUCCAGAAAUGGAAUAAGUGGCAUCACGCGUGAUAAUUUUAGCUUCAGUGCAAAGAUAAGGGUUGGUGACUUCUAUGAAGCCAGAGAAGGACCCCAGGGUUUACAGUGGAGCCUGUUGAAGGAAGAGGAGGUCAUUCCUCGUAUUUUGGCGAUGGAAGGUCGUAGGGGUCGUCCCCCUAAUUCAGACCGUCAGUUGGCGGGCGAAGGUGCCAAAGGUAACCGACGGAGGAAGGGACGGCCCCCAAAUGUGGGCGAUCCACUGGUACCUGAGGGCCCCAGUCCCAGUGAGGUCAAACUUCUGCGCAAAUUAGAGGCUCAAGAAAUAGCCCGACAGGCUGCCCAGAUGAAACUGAUGAGAAAACUGGAAAAGCAGGCACUGGCGCGUGCAGCCAAAGAAGCUCGGAAACAACAAGCUAUCAUGGCAGCAGAGGAGAGGAGGAAGCAGAAAGAGCAGAUCAAGAUUCUCAAACAGCAGGAAAAGAUCAAGCGUAUUCAGCAGAUUCGGAUGGAGAAGGAACUCAGGGCGCAGCAAAUUUUGGAGGCCAAACGGAAAAAGAAGCAAGAAGCCGCCAAUGCAAAAAUAUUGGAGGCUGAAAAACGCAUAAAGGAGAAAGAGUUGAGGAGACAGCAGGCGGAGAUUCUCAAACACCAGGAGUUGGAGAGGCAUAGACUAGAUAUGAAGAAGCCAAAUGAAGACAUGUGUCUGUCCGAUCAUAAGCCUCUCCCUGAUUUCUCUCGGAUUCCUGGACUCAUCCUACCAGGACGUGCCGUGUCGGACUGCCUGAUGCUGAUGCAGUUCCUGCGAGGCUUUGGGAAAGUUUUGGGGCUUGAUUUGAAUGUGGAUGUGCCCACCCUGGGUAUGCUACAGGAGGGCUUGCUCAAUGUGGGGGACAGCAUGGGCCAAGUCCAAGACCUUCUGGUCAAAUUGCUGUGUCUGGCAGUCUGUGAUCCCGGUUUGCCACCUGGACAAAAGACAAAAACCAUGCUGGGGGACCACCUGACCAACGUUGGCAUCAACAGGGAUAAUGUGUCUGAGGUGCUACAGAUGUACAUGGGAGCCCAUUGUGCCAAUACAGAACUGGCCCCUCUGGCCCUCAGUCUGAAAACUAAAGCCUUCCAGGCCCACACACCUGCCCAGAAAGCCUCAAUCCUUGGCUUCCUGGCUAACGAGCUGGCCUGCAGCAAAGCUGUUAUCAGUGAGAUUGACAAGAGUCUGGAUCAGAUGGCAAACAUGAGGAAGGACAAGAUCAUUAUGGAGGGAAAACUGAAGAAGUUGAAGACCAUUUAUGCCAAACGUACUGGGAGGAGGGAGGCCAGUAUGGGUGCGGAAGAGAACCAGUCUGUUUGCACUCCAUCCUCUGCCGCCAAACGCAAGAGGAAACUGGGUGGAGACAGUGAUGAUGAGGAUGAUGAGGAUGAUGACAGUGAUGACCAGGCAGAGGAUGAGGAGGAUGAGGAGGAGGAAGAAAUUAAGAAGGUUAAAAAAGUGGAGACAUAUGAUGAGGAUGAAGUUGAUCAAGCCACUAGUCUCGAGGAGCUGGAGAAGCAGAUAGAGAAAUUAGCCAAGCAACAUCAUCAGACCAGAAGAAAGCUGUUUGAAAUAUCCCAUUCCCUGCGCUCCAUGAUGUAUGGCCAGGACCGUUACCGCCGCCGGUACUGGGUACUUCCCCACUGUGGAGGGGUCUUCAUUGAAGCCAUGGAGAGUGGAGAAGCUCCAGAGGAACUGGAGGAGGAGCGACAGAGGAGGAGGAGAGCAGCAGAGGAGGUCAAGGUCAAAGAGGAACCUCAAGAGAUGGAAGUGCAGAAGGAGAAAUCCACCGACCUUGAUGGGCAGAGCCCUCGAACACAAGGGUUGGAAAAAGAGGAGGAAAAGGAGUAUGAGGGGAAGAAAAACUCGCCAACCCUCUUCUACCAGCUACCAGUAUCCAAACUGUGCACAUUACGGGACGUCAACAAGGACUUUGACAAAGAAACUGUGAAUGCAGAAGGCAAAGAGAGUCCCGAUGUGAGACAAAACGGCAGUCCCGUGGGCACUCCUACUGCCACAACCACAGUAACAUCAUCCUCCCCCACACACAAUACCUCUGAGCCAGCAGUAGCAACAGCUCCCUCCAUGGUGACCACUAAUGACACUACAAUUGUCCCUCCUCCAACCUCAACUUCUUUAUCUGUCCCGUGCCUGCCAGCCCCACGUGAAAGCCCGGGGAACACUCCUCCAACCUCAUCCCCUGCUCCAUCUCCUCACCUUGCAUUCCAAGCCAAUGACCAGCUACUCAGAGUCCUGACCGAGAGGAGCGGACACUGGUUCAGUCUGCUCCCUCGCAACCCCUGUGACCUCGCUUCCAUCACCACAACUCCUCCAGGAGCUCAGCAUGUGUCUCCCCAAGCAUCCUCCACCCCGGCCAGGCCCAGAUCCCCACCUCAGUCCCCUGCCCUGCCUCUCACCCCUUCUGCUGCCUCAGCCUCCGCCAGCCCGCACCACCCAGCUGGACUCCUCAACUACCCACUAUCAGCCUUGCAGGUGAAGUCAGGUGGUUCAUUGCUAGGAGUUUCUUUUGGAAGCUGGCCCAGUGGCAUGAUGAGUCCCAGUCUCCCUCUGUGCAGCAGCCCCAGCCCCAUGCCAGGUCACUCUCUGGAGGGCAACACAGCAGCAAGUGUCUCCAGUAAGAGUGAAUCACCUUUACCUCGCAUUGAGAAAACCUCAUCCAUGCCUUCUCCUGCUCUGGAAAUGCCCAAAUCCCUGGACCACCCCAUACCUCGGCCUAUUCCAGAGGAGAUGCUGACAGGAUGGUGGCGGGUGUCUGACAUCGAGGAGCUGAGGGCUUUAGUCAAUGCUCUCCACAGCCGAGGCAUCAGAGAGAAGGGCCUCCAGAGGCAGAUGCAGAAAUACAUGGAGAUCAUCCCCCAGGUCUGCACCAAACACAAAGACGUGGCCAUGAUUGAGCUGCGUGAGCUGGAGGAGAGCCAGGUGAGCGUGGAGUCGGUGCGGGGCUGGUGUGUUGAGGAGCAGGCGAUGGAGAUGGACAUUGCCGUGCUGCAGCAGGUAGAGGAACUGGAGAGGAAGGUCACCGCAGCCAGCCUGCAGGUCAAGGGCUGGACAUUUCCGGACCCUCAGUCUGAGCGAGAGGACUUGGUGUAUUACGAGCACAAGCCCCCCACCAAAUCAACGCCAGCGUCAACAAACACGGGGGACAAGGAAUCCAAGGACUCCAGGGAGCAUCCAGAGGAGCGGGGGGAGAAGGGCGGGGUGACGCGUCACCCGGACAACCCGCUGGACAUAGCAGUGACACGUCUGGCUGAUCUGGAGCGCAACAUCGAGAGAAGGUACCUGAGGAGCCCCUUAGGUACCACCAUUCAGAUCAGGCUGGAUAAUGUGGGUACGGUCACUGUCCCUGCCCCCGCCCCAUCCACUAGUGCUGACAGGGAAGGUGGUGAGGAGGAGGUGGCCCACGGUAUGAAGGUGUGGAGGAAGGCCCUGACUGAAGUGCGUAGUGCUGCCCAGUUGGCCAUGUGUAUCCAGCAACUGCAGAAGUCCAUCGCCUGGGAGAGGUCCAUCAUGAAAGUGUACUGUCAGAUGUGCAGGAAGGGGGAUAACGAGGACCUCCUCUUGCUGUGUGAUGGCUGUGACAAAGGCUGCCACACUUACUGUCACAAACCCAAGAUCACCAGUAUCCCAGAAGGAGACUGGUACUGCCCAGCUUGCAUAUCCAAGGCAAGUGGUCCAUCUCCCAAAAGCAAAAAACCUCCAAGCAAACAAGUAGCAUCCAGCGGAGGAGGUGGUAAGAAAGGUGGAGAGGCGAAGAAGAACGGGAAGCAGGCAGGUAAUGGGGAAGUGUCGGAGGACGAUCCGGCCAGCGCCAGCAGCACACCCAAGAAAGGCGCAAAAGACACCAGCAGGAAGAGAAAAACAGAGGAGAGCUCACCUGCUCUGCCAGCAGCCAAUCAGGAGAGCCCUGUGUGUGUGAAACGAGCUAAGACAGCCAGAGACAACAACAGGGACCUGGGAUUAUGCAGGGUUCUCCUUGCUGAAUUGGAGCGGCAUCAGGAUGCAUGGCCUUUUCUCACACCUGUCAACUUGAAAUCGGUCCCUGGCUACAGGAAGGUCAUCAAGAAACCGAUGGACUUCUCUACCAUACGUGAGAAGCUUGUGAGCAGCCAGUAUCAAAACUUGGAGACUUUCAUCAUUGAUGUCAACUUGGUCUUUGAUAACUGUGAAAAAUUCAAUGAAGACAAUUCAGACAUUGGUCGAGCUGGUCAUAACAUGAGGAAGUUCUUUGAGAAGCGCUGGACGGAGCUUCUGAAACAAACAAACUAAACGUCUGUUCAGAUUCUCCCCAUAAACCCAUACAACUUUUCAUAUCGGAGCACCAGGUUUUACUUUUAUCUUUAUUUUGUGAUGGAGAAUGUGGUUUUGCAGGAUGGAAGAAGAAGUCAGAUCCUUAAUAAGGAACCCAUGGUGUGCUUAAGAGCGAUGUCACCUUGAAAAAAAAAAUUAAAACAAGUCGUUACAGGAGGUGCGCUGGAUUUUAUUACAACAGGGAUAAAAGCCCCAAAGAGUCCCAGAGAAAUGGGGUGUCGUAGUGCAAUACCAUUCCCUGUCUCAGAACACUGCACUGAAUUAAUCCUCAACUGUCACUGAUGUGUCUGCGCUAGAAUACUUUCCACUACUUGUAAAUAGUCUUUUGUUAUUUAAUCGUAUUAUAGUGAAUGUAUUUAAUUUUGUAAUAAUUAUUUAUGAAUCAAGGUCCACUUCAUUUUCUAUGAAAAGGAAGAAUCAGCUGAACUGCUUUGAAUUAAAAAAGGAAUGUGUCUUUGUGUUAUAAUUUUUCUCCCAAAUAUCAAACAAAGCCAAGAAAAAAAACUGUUUACACUGUUCAGUGCUUUGGGGCAUCAGAGGACUGUAUUCAUUUGUUCAAACUGUAAAACUGCAUUUAUUUACAGGAACAGCAGAGGAACAGUUAGACAAUGGUGAUUCAUGUGUAUAUACUGUUUAUUAAUGUCAAUAUUAUGUCUUGUUUGGAACGAUGUGUAAAAAUUGUUUAAGAAUAUUAAGAUAUUGUUUAUGCCUUAGAAUGAUUGUAGCAUUCUAUUUUAGUGAACGUGAUGAAAACAUUAUCAUAAAUAUUGUUUGUACAGUAUAUACAUAUCCUCUGCAAACACUGUGGUAUCCUUAAUCUUGGUAGUGCCUACCCUUCCAACAGGGGCAUGUAGGGGAUGUUUUUGUUUUUAGUUUUCAUUCUUAUGACAACAUUAUUUUUUUAUAUAAUUUCAAUCCAACAAGGCCUCCAAAGUUGGACAGUGACACAGAAAUCAUUCCUCACCAUAAAAGAAAAAAAAGGAACAACAAGCAUUCAGUUAUGCUUCCAUGAUGCAUUUCCUCGUAAUCUGCCACAAUACAGAGGACCUAAGGCCAUUUGUAACCACUGUGUUGAACCUUGCUGUGUGUUGUGGCCUGAUGGAGGCAGCUAGAUUUUUUUGUACCCAAGUCAAGAGUACUUGAAGUUACUUUAUUUAAGAUAUUGUGGAAUAAAAGUAUCAUUCUUUUGUAGGAGCUUUAUUUUUCACUAGUGUGUGGCACGGACCUAUUAAAAGGAUGUUUUUCAACGUAAA